CUCUUUUCUAGGGUACUUACGGUAUUACGGCAUGGGAUUGGUGAGAGCAGCGUGUGUGGUUCUUUUCAGAAGUCUUACGAGCAUGGCUCAGCACAAAUUCAUUGAUAUCGGGGUGAACCUGACCGAUCCCAUGUUCAGAGGAGUCUACAGAGGGAAGCAGAAACACGACGAUGACUUCAAUCAGAUCAUUGACCGAGCUCUCAGAACAGGAGUUGAGAAGUUUAUCAUCACCGGAGGCAACCUUGAAGACAGCAAAGAGGCCCUGAAACUCGCCAAGACCCGAGAUGAGUUCUACUGCACGGUCGGCUGCCAUCCCACCCGCUGCGGCGAGUUUGAGCAGAACGGAGAACCCGAGUACUUGUCGGGGCUCAGGGAGCUGGCUGCAGCCCACGGAGGAAAGGUGGUGGCCAUCGGAGAGUGCGGACUCGAUUUCGACAGAUUGGAAUUUUGCCCAAAAGAGACUCAACUCAAAUACUUUGAGAAGCAGUUCGACCUGGCCGAGGAGACCAGUCUGCCCAUGUUCCUCCACUGCAGGAACUCCCACCAGGAGUUCGUCGACAUCAUGAGGAGAAAUCGAGAGCGAUGUGUUGGAGGAGUGGUCCACUCAUUUGAUGGGACGGCAGAGGACGCCGCUGCCCUCAUUGACCUGGACCUCUACAUUGGGAUAAACGGAUGUUCCUUGAAAACGGAGGCCAAUAUUGAAGCCAUGAAGUCUAUCCCCACUGAGAGACUCAUGAUAGAAACAGAUGCUCCGUGGUGUGGCGUUAAGAACACUCACGCCGGCGCCAAACACGUAAAAACUACAUUUCCCACGAAGAAGAAAUGGGAGGCGGGCCACUGUCUGAAGGACAGGAACGAGCCGUGUCACAUCAUACACGUUCUAGAGGUGAUGGCAGCAGCGAGGGAGGAGGACCCGAUGGAGCUGGCCAACGCCGUCUACAACAACACCAUCAAAGUGUUCUUCAGCUCGAGCUGAUGAUGAACCACGUGUGUGUGUGUGUGUGUGUGUGUGUGUGUGUGUGUGUGUGUGUGAUUAACACCAUCAAAGUGUUCUUCACUCGAGCUGAUGAUGGACCAGAUGUGUUUUUGUGUGUGUGUGUGUCUGUGUGUGUGUGUGUGUCUGUGUGUCUGUGUGUCUGUGUCUGUGUCUGAUUAACACCAUCAAACUGUUCUUCAGCUCAAGCUGAUGAUGAACCAGAUUCACGUGUGGUUUGUGUGUGUGUGGGUGUGUGUGUGGUGUGUGUGUGUGUGUGUGUGUGUGUGUGUGUGUGGUGUGUGUGUGUGUUGUGUGUG